AUGGGGAAGAUGGUCUUGGUGGCAGCGAUGGCUUCCCUUAUGGUGGCCACUGUAUUCGCUAGGGACAUGCCUAGCGACGCUGGCUUGGGAGAUGAGAAAAACUUCAUUGCGGGUAGUGGCAUUGGCGCGGCUGGCGGUCUGGGUGGGCUUGGCGGGAUUGGUGGUGCUGCUGGAGGACUCGGUGGCGUUGGUGGUCUGGGUGGGCUUGGUGGAGCUGCUGGUGGGCUCGGUGGGAUUGGUGGUGCUGCUGGAGGACUCGGUGGCGUUGGUGGGCUCGGCGGACUUGGUGGAGCUGCUGGUGGGCUCGGAGGACUUGGUGGAGCUGCUGGUGGUCUCGGCGGGAUUGGUGGAGCUGCUGGUGGGCUUGGUGGACUUGGUGGAGCUGCUGGUGGGCUUGGCGGACUUGGUGGAGCUGCUGGUGGGCUCGGUGGUGCUGCUGGAGGUCUCGGUGGCGUUGGUGGACUCGGCGGACUUGGUGGUGGAGUGGCUGGCGGAGCUGGCGCCGGUGGCCUUGGUGGUGGUAUCAUUCCGUGA